AUGCUGGCUGGAUUCCUCCUGCCUCCCGGUGGCCAGGCGGUGGCGCCCUCUACCUGCGCAGCCCAAAUGGGGCUAUUCGUGGCUCUGGGUGGCUCGGAGUGCCUGCUGCUGGCAGCCAUGGCCUUGGACCGCUACCUGGCUAUCUGCCGCCCUCUCUACUACCCUCAGCUCAUGACCACUGGGCUUUGCUGGGCCCUUCUAGCUUCCUGCUGUUUGGGUGGCUCUGUCCUAGCCUUAGGCCUCACCACUGCUAUAUUCCAGCUGCCUUUCUGCCAUGGUGGCCUUGUCAAUCAUGUCUUCUGUGACCUCCCAGCUGUGUUGAUUCUGGCCUGUGGGAACCGGGACCUUCAGGAACACGUGUUACUGGCAGCCUGCAUGCUUCUGCUGGUGCUACCCCUAAUCCUUAUCUUGCUGUCCUAUACCAGGGUACUGGUGGUCAUCCUGGGGGUGGGGGAUGGCGCUGGCCGCCGCAAGGCCUUCAACACGGUGGCAUCCCAUCUCACAGUGGCCGUGCUCCACUAUGGCUGUGCCACAGCCAUGUACGCCAGACCCUUGAGCAGCCGCUCCCUGGAGGAAGAUAAGCUGGUAUCCCUCAUCUACAUAAACCUCACACCCCUGCUGUACCCGGCCAUCUACACGCUGCGCAACCGGGACAUGCAGGGUGCCCUCCAACGGGUAGUGAGCCAGAGGACGAUGGGGGUGGUGCAGCAAACUGAUGUUGUCUAA